AUGGCGCAAACAGUAGAAAUAGAGCCUCUGACACCGCUAGCGAUUGUUGGACUGUCCUUCAAAUUGCCCCAAGAUGCCGUCACCCCGGAGUCCUUCUGGCAGAUGCUCGUGGAGAGACGAUGCGCCACUGCAGAGUUUCCACCAGAUCGACUGAACAUCGACACGCACCACCGCGCAGACACUGAUCACCUCGAUGCGCUGUCCAUGCGCGGAGCGCAUUUCCUGGCGGAGGAUCUCAGCCGCUUCGAUGCGCCGUUCUUCUCCAUCACUGCCGCUGAGGCGGAGGCGAUGGAGCCGCCGCAGCGGUUGAUCCUCGAGGCCGCGUUCCGGGCGCUAGAGAACGCGGGGAUUCCGUUGCAGCGCAUCGCGAAGUCCCGGACUGCGGUGUUUGCGGGCUCGUCCGGCCAUGACUGGUUAAUGUUGCGGGCGAAGGAUCCCCUGCACCAGCAUAAAUACGAUAUCACGGGGACGACAGGCAAUAUGCUCGCCAACCGCGUUAGUUGGUUCUUUGACCUGACCGGACCGAGUGCGACCGUCGACACGGCCUGUUCGAGUAGUUUGAUGGCCAUCGAUAUGACGUGUCAGUCGAUCUGGAGUGGCCAGGCAACGAUGGGCAUGGCGAUUGGAAGCAACCUCCUUCUGGCAGCCGAGGUAACGCAGAUGAUGGAUAAUCUGGGUUUGCUGUCGAAGGACAGUCGGUGCUUCAGUUUUGACGAUCGUGCUAAUGGGUACUCGCGCGGCGAAGGUGUGGGGGUGCUGAUCAUCAAGACCGUGGAGGACGCCGUGCGCGACGGAGACGUCAUUCGAGCAGUGAUCCGAUCCUCAGCUUCGAACCAGGAUGGUAAGACACCGGGCAUCACCCAGCCCAGCGCGGAGAUGCAGGCAGCGUUGAUUCGCGAGACCUACGUCAAUGCAGGACUGGAUAUUGGGCAGACGCGGUAUUUUGAAGCGCAUGGGACUGGCACCGCCGUGGGCGAUCCCAUCGAGACCAGGGCUAUUGGCUCCGUCUUCCGACUGCAUCGCUCGCUGGACGAGCCGUUGUACAUAGGAUCCGUGAAGUCGAAUAUCGGCCAUCUCGAGGGAGCAAGUGGUAUCGCCGGAAUGAUCAAAGUCAUCCUGGCGCUGGAAAAGGGUAUCAUUCCGCCGAACAGUAAGAAUCUACAGACCCUGAACCCGCGAAUAGAUGACGAAUUCUGGAAUGUCAAGUUUCCUCAAGAAGCCCUACCGUGGCCAACGGGCGAAGUGCGACGUGCUUCCAUCAGCUCCUUUGGCUAUGGAGGCUCAAAUACACACAUCGUCCUAGAUGACGCCUAUCACUUCCUUCAACUCAACCAACUGGAAGGGAACCAUAGCACUAUGCCACCGCCGGCCUCAGCGCGCAGCAAGGGCACGACUCAGAGCGAGGUCCACCACCAAGUAUCAAACGGCACCAAUGGAGUUGCGAAGUCUGUGACUGAUGCGCCAAAGCUCCUCGUCUGGUCUGCGGGUGAUGAAGCGGGUAUCCCGCGCCUUCAAGAAGUUUGGGGUUCAUUCUUCUCCAAAUCAGCCGAGUAUAAGCCUUCCUUCCUCAAAAGCCUAGCACAUACCCUGGCCUCACGACGAACUCACCUACCGUGGCGAACCUUUGCCGUGGCAUGGCCGUCGGAUGACCUCAAAGCAGUCGUUGAGCGCUUCUCCGGGGCCGUUCAAUCGCGGGCAUCGCCAAACCUUGCCAUGAUCUUCUCAGGGCAAGGAGCGCAGUGGCAUGGGAUGGGACGCGAGCUACUCCGUACCUUUCCUGCAUUCCGUCAAAGCAUCGAAGAAGCCGGGAUAUAUCUCCGAAGUCUGGGAUGUGAAUGGAAUCCCGUUGAUGAGCUGCGACGAAGUGAGAGCGAGUCGAACGUCAACCGUACUGAGUACAGUCAGAUUUUGUGCACGAUUCUCCAGGUAGCUCUGGUCGACCUGCUGCGUUCAUUCAAUAUUGUUCCCAAAGCCGUACUCGGGCACUCUUCUGGUGAGGUUGCUGCGGCGUACUGUUCCCGCGCGAUCUCCCGCCGCUCAGCCUGGAAGGUCUCGUACUUCCGAGGCAACAUGAGCAGUUGGUUGGAGAAAAACGCACAGAUGAAAGGUUCCAUGUUGGCUGUCGCCCUCUCCGAGAAGGAGGUGUUGCCGUACAUCGAAGAAGUCAGCGCCGAGUUUGAGGUUACACGACUGACCGUUGGCUGCAUAAACAGUUCCAAGAGCGUGACCGUCUCUGGUGAAGGGGUUCAACUUGACGCACUCAAGGCUCGACUAGACCUGGACAAGAUCUUCUGCCGCAGGCUCAAGGUCAAUUUGGCCUACCACUCUGCCCAGAUGAAGGAAAUCGCGGCCCAGUAUCUCGAAGCUCUGGGCGAGCUGGAAGGUGACCCUUCAGAGCCGCACACCCGGCCUCAGAUGAUCUCAUCCAUCACCGGCGAGUGGAUCGACCCCGACGAGCCGCGUCAGGCUUCUCACUGGGUCAGGAAUAUGAUAUCGCCGGUGCGCUUCUCUGAUGGACUCGCCACGCUCUGCUCCGCCUCGUCCAACCCCACGAAUGCGCUAGACGGCAGUCACCGACGCAAAUGCAAGGUCGAUCACCUCCUGGAGAUCGGGCCUCAUUCAGUCCUGCAAGGUGCCUGCAAGGAUAUCCUGAGAGACAUCGGCAAGAGCUCAUCCAUCAAAUACCUAUCCUUGCUGGUGCGUAACAUGUCCGCUGAGGAUACCGCUUUUUCGGUUUUUGGUGAUCUGUAUACCGCAGGAUAUCCCAUCGACUUGGCCCUGGUCAACCAGGAUGAUUCCACAUGUCGAACUCUGCCAGAUCUGCCUGAAUACCCCUUCAACCACGAUAAGGUCUACUGGUACGAGAGCAGGAUAAGCAAGGGUCACCGUCUGCGACAGUUCGCCCGGAACGACCUCUUAGGGUUGGCGGAUCAGAACCAGAACCCGCUGCAAGCGCGAUGGAGGAACAUCAUCCGAGUGUCCGAGAUGCCCUGGGUCCAGGACCACAAGAUUAACGGAACGAUUCUCUACCCUGGAGCUGGAAUGGUGGUCAUGGCCAUCGAGGCAGCCAAGCAGCUGGCGGAUCCAAGCAGGCCGAUCUCCGGCUUCAAUGUCCGAGAUGUCGCCUUCCGCGCGGCCAUUCGGGUGCCGGAGGGGGCUCACGGCAUUGAGACCAAUUUUCAUCUCCGGCCUGCCAAGAAUAUGGAGUCGAAACGGUCUGGCUGGUUUGACUUCAAUGUCUGCACGUUCGAGAACGAGGUCUGGACAGAUAACUGCACGGGCUCUAUCCAGGUUGUUUAUGGCGAUAAGGAAGAGGAGAUGGAGAAAGCACUCGCAGUCGAACUGCAGGCCGCUCGGCGGGACGCUUACUCGGCGGCAGCACAAACAUCUAGACUGACGAUGGGGGGCGAGAAGCUGUAUCAUACAUUGGAGGAAUCAGGCUAUGGCUACGGUCCAGCUUUCCAACUGGUCAAAGAGCUCUGCCAGGGCAAAGCGGAGGCAGAGGUAACUGCUCUGGUCCAGAACUUCUCGACGUCCUUGGGAGAGACGAUCCACCCCACAACAUUGGACGCCAUCCUUCAAACGGCCAUCUGGGCAGCAGUGCCCUCGGAAACGGACAGGAUCCCGACUGCGGUGCCGACCUACGUUGAGACGUUAUGGGUCAAUAGCCAUGCGCUGUCAUCCACGAUGCUCAAGGUUCAUGGCACAUGCUCCGAUGUGUCGCAAUUCAUUGGCCCAUCAUCAAACAUCGUUGUGCUUGACGACAACUUGCAAAAGACCUUAGUGUCCGUUACUGGGUUGCGGAUGAACAUCGUUGACACAUCAGGUCUCAAUGACAGGGUCGAUGAGUCUGCAGACAGCCUCUGCCAUCAAAUCGAGUGGAAGCCAGACUUGGAAUUGCUAAGCAAUGCGGAGAUUACCAAUUUAUGCAGUACUGUAUCUGCUGGUGCGAUCGACCACGAAAGGUUCUAUAAAGACCUGGAUGUCCUGCUCGCAGCACGAGGGAAAGAAACGCUCUCUGCCUUGGUAAAGACAGGGUUCCAGUCAACAGAUCCGAAGAUCAAGAAAUACCACACCUGGCUAAUCCAUCACCAGCAAACGGUCUCUGAUGAUGUUGCGAGCCAAUUGACCGAUCCAUCGUAUCUUGAGGAGGCUGAGAAUCGAAUCCUAGGCAGCAAACAGGGUUAUUUGUACGCCAUAGUUGCUCGCAAUCUAACAAAUCUUCUGACUGGGGAGCUGGAUCCGUCCAGUCUGCUUGAAAAAGAUAUGCUGAAGGCAGCAUAUCAAGAACACGUCGCUGAAUCGCACGGCAUUCGGGGCCUGGGUAAAUAUCUUGAUCUUCUGGCUCAUCGCUUUCCCAAGAUGAAGAUUCUGGAGUUAGGGGGAGAUGCUGGAUUUGUAACGGAAAUUAUUCUGGCUACAUUGGGAGGGGGCGCAAGUGAUAGGCGAUACGCACACUUGGACUUCACUGAUGUGUCGCCUGAAAGCAUAUCUACGGCCAAAGAGAGGUUCGCCUCGGAAGCAGAGCAUAUGGGAUUCAACGUGCUCGACAUUGAGCAAGACCCAGCCAUGCAAGGUAUUGAGUGUGGCACGUAUGAUGUGGUCGUGGCCUCAAUGGUCUUUCAUAAAACAGCAUGUUUCAGAAAGGCGUUGCAGAAUGCGCGGAGGCUGCUAAAACCAGAUGGCAAGCUAGUUGUGUACGAAGGAGUCGUUCCUGAGUGCCGGUCGACAUUUGUGUCCGGUCUAUUUGAGCAAUGGUGGCAAGAUUCAGAGCCCCAUUGCAACACAUCCCGGUACGUUGACGAAGGUCAGUGGGAUGAAAUCCUCCGACGAACUGGAUAUUCUGGGGUGGAUGUCUCGUUACCCGACUUCGAAAGCGAGCUUUCGCAUGAAUGCAGCUUGAUGAUUUCGACAGCUGUCGAAAACAAGCACGAAAUGCGCGCUGUGGCAGAGAUCGAAGUCGUGUACGAUUCUACAAAACCUGACCAGGAACACCUGGCACAUGCCAUUACCAAACAAUGCGAGAAUAUUGGAUGCACGCACGUUCGAAGCGUCUCGCUUGAGGAAACCAUAGGCCAUCAAAGCGACACCGAAUCGCUUCAAGUUUUCGUCAUCGAGCUUCAGUGUCCGGUGUGGACAGACAUCCAACCUGAGCUGUAUGAAAAGCUUCAGAGUUAUCUUUCAUCGACAUCUCAGGUGCUGUGGGUCAACCAAGGAGGGGGUGUCUUGCCAGCCAAGCCGCAUUUCCGUCUAGUUGAAGGAUUGUUCCGCGUCUUGAUGGAAGAGGAUGGCCGACGCAAUCUGCACCUUCUUUGCUUGGAGCCCGAAAAACCAUUGAGCCAAGUGGCGCAGCAUGUUGCGAAACUAGCUCGCUUUUUGGCUUCGCCAGCUGCAAAGGGUGCGGAUACAGAGUAUGUUGAACAAAGCGAUAUGCUGCACAUUCCUCGUAUAGUGACGCCCGCGCAACUCAACGAAACGGUAUCACGCAAAGCCAGCUCUCAGCAGCGCGGAAUGCAGAAGUUUGGCUGCCAGGUUCCCUUGCAGCUAGACGCUACUUCCCCUGGGCUAAUCAGUGGCUUCCAGUUCCUGGAAGAUACCACAGCAUACCGACCGCUCAAGUCCGAUGAGAUUGAGAUACAGGUCAAGUGCGCAGGUGUGAACUUCCGCGACGUGCUAAUUGCUGUAGGCCAGUUGAAGGCCACACACACUGGCUCCGAAUGCUCAGGGAUUGUCAGUCGUGUGGGCGAAGCUGUCUCCAAGUUCCGGGUCGGAGAUGCAGUUGCUGCCCUGGGCGACGGAUGUUUUGCGACCUCAAUCCGCGUUCACGAGGAUGGGCCCGUGGUGCACAUUCCCCGGGGUAUCUCUUUCCAAGAGGCUGCGGCGGUUCCAGUAAACUACGCCACCGCAUACGUAGCUUUGCACAAUGUUGCGCGCAUCCAAGUCGGCGAAUCUGUCUUGAUCCACUCGGGCACUGGCGGCACGGGGCAAGCGGCGAUUCAGAUCGCGAAGAAUGCGGGGGCUAUAAUCUUUGCGACGGUCGGCUCUCAGAGCAAGAAGCAAUUUCUCAUCGACAAUUAUCAAAUCCCAGAGACACACAUCUUCUCCAGCCGCACCACUAUGUUCGCGCAAGCAAUCAAGCACCGCACGGGCGGCAAAGGUGUGGAUAUCAUUCUAAACUCGCUGGCCGGGGAGAGUCUACUGGCCUCAUGGGAAUGCAUGGCGCCGUAUGGCAGGUUUCUGGAGAUCGGCAAGCGGGACAUACUGUCUAACCAGAGACUGCCUAUGUCUCAAUUUCUUCGUAAUGUGACCUACAGCGGCGUGGACCUCGCCGCCAUGUCGGUGGAGAGACCCGAAGUAUGUGCCGCUGCUCUUGGCAAGAUCUUCGCGUCCGUGCAGCAAGGAUCGCUACACCCAUCGCAGCCCAUCCAUCAACACGGGGUGGGAGAGAUCGAGAAAGCCUUCCGGAUCAUGCAGGGCGGACAGCAUGUCGGUAAAAUGGUGUUGGACAUGCGCUCCGAGGACAAAGUGCUGACAGUUUUGGAAACAAAGCCAACGUACGCUUUGAAUUCCGACUCUACGUUUGUUAUCUGCGGGGGCUUGGGAGGGCUGGGAAGCAACAUUGCCCAUUGGUUCGCGGAUCGAGGGGCUCGCCACCUUCUGUUGCUGUCACGCUCUGGAGGACAGAAUGAGAGAGGCCGUGUGCUCGUAGAGCAACUGCAAAGGCGAGGCGUACAGGUCCUAGCCCCAGCUUGUGAUGUUUCAAAUGAAGUGCCGCUGCAGAACACCCUCCAGCUGUGCAAGUCUCAGAUGCCUCCAAUCCGAGGAUGUCUCAACGCGGCCAUGGUGUUGCGAGACGCGUUGUUCGAGAACAUUUCUCAUCAAGCGUGGCACGAGUCCCUUGCACCCAAAGUGCAAGGGUCAUGGAACCUCCACUGUCACCUUCCGCGGGGCCUGGACUUCUUCAUCAUGUUAUCCUCCAUUUCAGGGAUUGUUGGAACCACGGGGCAAGCCAACUACGCGGCGGGCAACGCCUUCCAGGAUGCGCUGGCCCGGCAUCGUGUGGCGCUUGGGGAGAAAGCGACUGCGCUGGAUCUGGGAGUGUUCGACUUUGCCGGUGCAGUGGCUGAGGAUGCGCAGCUGCGGGAUAUGUUGAUCGCAAGUAUGGGGCUGGAACCGGUGACUGAACCUCAACUUCAUGCGCUGUUGGAUUAUUACUGUGAUCCUCAGGUCCGUCUCGACAAGGCCUCCGACUGCCAAGUCACCGUGGGACUGUCUCCAAAUGCGACGCAGGCGACGUGGCUGAAGAAGCCCAUGUUUAGGCAUCUCACGGGCCACGAACGAGCGGGGGGCAGUGCGGGCGCGAGCGACUCGAUCGCAGGUGCGUUGCAACGGGCGGAGUCGCUGGCCAGCGCUCAUGCGGUGGCCAUGGCAGCUAUCGCGGAGAAGCUGUCAAAAGCGCUGUCGAUUGCGGCGACGGACAUGGAUGCGAGCAAGCCGUUACAUCAGUAUGGGGUGGACUCGCUGGUGGCGGUCGAGCUGCGGAGCUGGUUUGCGAAGGAGUUGCAAGCGGAGAUGGCGGUAUUCGACAUCUUGGGCGGGGCGACGUUGACCUCGGUGGCUCAAAUGGCCACGAGUAGGAGCAAGCUGUACCAGGAAUCGUGGUUGUAGAUGAAGAAGAAGAUGAUGAUGAUGAUGAUGAUGAUGAUGAUGAUGAUGAUGAUGAUGAUGAUGAUGAUGAUGAUGAUGAUGAUGAUGAUGAUGAUGAUGAUGAU